CCUAUAUAUAUGAGAAAUACUGAAACCACAACAGAGCCUAAAACUCUUUCAAGUAUCAACUCCCUUGAAAGUUUAUUUAAACUCCUUUUCAAUCUCACAUCUUCCUCUUCCUAAGAGCUACUAUUUCGGCCAGAGUAGACAGAAAAAAAAUGGAUCAAACUGAGUACCACAAGCUACAAACCUUGACAAAGUUGAUGAACUUUGUGUUUUUAAAAAGGGUCACUCAACUACUACUCUCACUUUCUGUGUUUUCUUUCUUGUUUACUCAUUCCUCCUUGCUUUCUUGCUUCCAGUCUUUUAACUUCUACUUCUCUGCAUUUCCUUCCCAAUUAUUUAGCCACACAAUAGACAAAAACUGCAUAUUCCUCCUUUGCAAUGGACUCCUAGUUUUCCUUGCAAAAUACUCUGGCCUAAUAAGAUCCGUGUCUGGGGCUUAUCAUAAUGAGGAAUCUUUCAUAAGUAGUGAAGAUGGUUUGCAAAAGGAGGCUGUGACAGAAAGCAAAGCCUCUGCAGAAAAUGUUGCAAUGGAACAAGGAAGAGAAAUUGACCAUUUGAUCAGAGAAGUACAAGAAGAAACUGGAAAGCCAGCUGGGGAUGAAGAAGGAGAAGCGGGAGGAGGAGAAGAAAGCAGGUCUUCUUUUUCAAAAGAAGAAGAAGAAGAUGAAGAAGAAGAAACUGGUUCAUUUGUCUUAGAAGAGAAAAAGGAACAAAAUGAAUCUGUGAGUGAAUUUUUAAUUGAAGAAGAAGAAGAAGAAGAAGGAAAUGGGACGUUGAGCACAGAAGAAUUAAACAAGAAGUUUGAUGAUUUCAUUAGAAGGAUGAAGGAAGAAAUAAGGAUUGAAGCUCAACAACAACUGGUCAUGGUUUAGUAGUCCCUUUGAAUUAUCUUUUAUUUCACAAAAUUAUGAUACCACUUAUCAUCAUGCUAGUGAAUUAUAACUUUCCAAUGUUUGUUCACCAUUAUGCUACCUCUAUAUAUGUAAAUAUAAUCGAGGAAAACUAUUUUCUUCCUUGUUA